AUGGCACCAUCAAUAUUUCCUCGCUCACUCCUCCGAGCUUCACGAGCAGUUUCACAUCCCAAUGGCAUGCGCUCGGCGAUCUACAGCGUCCGGCGCAGAGGAUUUGCCGAGGUCGCCGCGGACGAUAUGACGCUCCCUCUGAAGGGCUACAAAGUGCUGGAUAUGACGAGGGUUCUUGCCGGCCCGUACUGCACGCAAAUCCUCGGCGAUCUGGGCGCAGAAGUAAUAAAGAUCGAGCAUCCCACUCGAGGCGACGAUACAAGGGCAUGGGGCCCACCAUACGCCAAAUAUCUCCCCGAUUCAGGCAAAGAAGGAGCAGGAGAGAGCGCGUAUUUCUUCGCCGUAAACCGCAACAAAAAGUCCCUGGGGCUCUCCUUCCAACACGCCGCCGGCGUCGAAAUCUUACACAAGCUCGCCGCCGAAGCUGAUAUAUUAGUCGAAAACUACCUCCCGGGCACGCUCCAAAAAUACAACCUCGAUUAUGCCACCAUCUCCUCAAUAAACCCCCGCCUGAUCUACGCAUCCAUAACCGGGUACGGACAGACAGGGCCCUACUCCAAUCGAGCAGGCUACGACGUAAUGGUCGAAGCCGAGAUGGGGCUGAUGCACAUAACCGGUUCUCGGGACGGACCACCUGUGAAAGUCGGCGUCGCAGUGACCGACCUGACAACGGGGUUGUACACGAGUAACAGUAUCAUGGCCGCGAUAAUUGCGCGGGGUAAGAGUGGGAGGGGCCAGCAUAUCGAUGUUGCGCUGAGCGACUGCCAGGUUGCGACGCUGGCGAAUCUGGCGAGCAGUUGCUUGGUUAGUGGGGAGAAGGAUCAGGGGCGAUGGGGGACUGCUCAUCCAUCGAUUGUCCCAUACAGAGCUUAUAAGACCCAGGAUGGCGAUAUCCUCUUCGGGGGCGGCAACGACCGUCUCUUCGGAAUCAUCUGCGACCGUCUCGGUUAUCCCGAAUGGAAGACCUCCCCCAAGUUUGCCAUCAACACUUCCCGCGUGGCGAACCGCGUGGAACUUGACGAUUUAAUCGAAGCCAUAACCCAGACCAAAACCACCUCAGAAUGGCUGGACGUCUUCGAAGGCUCAGGGCUGCCAUAUUCAGCAGUGAACGAUAUUCAAGGAACGCUGAACCAUGAACAUGUGUUAGCAAGAGACAUGGUGAAAGAGAUGGAGCAUGAGUGGUGCGGGCCGAUCAAGAUGGUUAAUACGCCUGUGAAGUACAGCGAGAGUAAACCGAGUAUUCGGAGCGUGCCGCCGAUGUUGGGACAGCACACUGAUGAGAUUUUGCGGGAUGUUUUGCGACUGAGUGGGAGUGAGAUAAAGAAGCUCAAAGCUGAGGGAGCUGUACGAUAG